AAAAAACAAAUCAAAAUUCUAUUUAGCAACCAAAAUAGUAAAAUCGGAACACCAUGAAUUCGAUUGCCCGGUGUCUGGCCGCUUUUGCAGCAGGACUCUUCCUUAGCGCACAGACGAUGGGGAUUUUGAAGAGAGUCAAUGAGCAGGAGGGGGCAGCCAAGAUCUCCGACCAUAUGGGCUCGGCAGUGAUCGAUGAGUCGGAGAUAAAGGGUCGAGAGAGCCUGGGAUCUGAGCAGAUUAGCGAUGCCCUGCAGCAUAUUUUAAAUGGCGACCGGAACUCCUGCAGCAUAUAUUUACACGCCAAAUACAAUAAUAUUGCAAAGGGACGGAAGUACGCUCUCGGUUCGGAAUCUCUCAAUCGCAUCCUGGAGGAUAUUAUGAAUACAGCUGAAAGUCGCAAUGAAGUGUCCUUUGACCCUGCCAUGGAGAUCUGAGAUAAGAUAAUCAAUUGGAUUGGAUUUCUUUAUACCUUCGUUAUUUAAGUAUCUUAAUAGAAAUAGAAACCAUUUAAUGCAUGCAGGUUUCUUCAGUAAUUGAUUCAAAUUACACAG